AAGAGAUUAAGUUUUCCACGGUCCCUUGACCUCGGAAGCGAGAGAGUCAUCUCGAACCCUCCGAAGGCGCGGUGGCUCAGCCCGACAAAGCACUAGGGCAGCAUCCGUAAUCCGUUGCGACACGAGCUAUUAUAUAUUGAGACGAACCUCCAUCCCGCCACCAUAAUCCGGGCACAUUCUCUUUCGGUUCCCUGCAUAUUGAAGCACGCACAGAGAUUGCACAGUCUCUACUUCAAAGACGACUCUUUUUUCAAUCUACAAGACACCAGACCCCGAAACACACAGCGCAAUUCCCUACGGGCUAGAAAGCGAAAUGGGCGAACACGAUCCCAUUGUCUCGCACGGCCGAGGAGGCCAAGGCAACAUCGGCGCCGACUCAACCGAAUACGUCGACGCCGCCAUCAUCCGUGAAGGCGUCUACGGCGACCAAGGCGACGGCGCCUACUCCGCCGGUCGCGGCGGAGCAGGCAACAUCGGCUCCCCGCACGUCCGUCCCACCUCGAAGGUGCCGCACGACGCGGAAAUGAUCCCCGAGCUGGCGAUCCGGCAGUCCGUCGAUGGGGAUUAUCAUACUGGUCGCGGCGGACAAGGCAACGUGCAUCUCGACGAGGAACACCGCAAGGAGAAGGAGAAGAAGCAUCAGCACCGGCAUGAUCAGUAUGAGGGGUUGGCGGAUAAAUUGAAGUAUAAGAUUUUUGGGCGGAAGUGAAUCGCCCACAAAAUCACUGGGUGGGGUUUUCUCUGAAAGAAAGGGGGGAUGGUAUUUAUGGAGGUGGUUGCUGCGGUGGGUUGUCUUCUUCUGUCUUGGGCUUGGAUUUUUCUUUUGAUUCCCUGGUUUGUUUGGUUGUUUGGUCGUUUACAAUUACGAGUAAGAUAUUGGAUGGAGAGGAGGUAGUGUUGGUAAUAAUUAGUCCAUUUUCUGGCAAAUCUUGCAAUGUACUUCCUAUACACCGUCUAUAAUAGGUAUAAUGACAACAGC